AGCCCCGCCCCCGACGCUCCGCCCACGAGGCAGUGGCGGGCGGUUAGGUCCGGUAGGAUCCUGUCCUUCCCUGGUCCGCCCGCCAUGACCAUCACCUACAGCUGCAUUGCCAAUGGCCGGACGGUGCUGGCGGAGCUGGCCCUGACUGGCGGCUGCUACCAGGAAGCUGCCGCCAAAGUGCUCCGGCUAGUGCUCCUCCGAGCUGAGCCCAGAACCAUCGUUCCAAUGGGAAGCUAUGUCUACCAUACUCUCUUUACUGAUGGAAUCACUUACUUAUGUGCUACAGAUAAUGCAUUGGAUACUAUGGCACCAUCUGCAUUUCUUACAAAUGUUAGUGACACUUUAACAAGAAAUCCUUUGAUGUCACAAGAACAAUUUUAUCCUUGCAAUGCAGUUUCGGCAGAUUUUCAACAAGUUUUAGGAACAUAUAUGAUGAAGUACAAUAAAAAUCAAAGUAACAGAAUGAGUUCCACAACGAGGAGUCAAGUGACUGAUGUAAAAAAUGUUUUGACACAAAAUAUUGAAACAAUUUUGGAAAAAGAAGAAAAAUUGAGUAUCUCCCUUGAUUGCACAGAUGACCAGCAAACACCUGUUGAAGAAUUCCAAGAACCAAGGAAGAUUCCUAGGAUAUGGAAACGCUUCAAAAAGAUUUUAAUUAUCACUGUGACAAUUCUCCUUUCAAUCCUUAUUAUUCUUUUAAGUACAAAUGUAAUACCAACUUGACACUUUCUC